AUGAGGGCUGCCCCACAAGGACAAGCCGAGCCAAAUGGGCUUGCUAUCUUGGAUGCCGCACUGCAAGGAGUCAUCAAUGUUAUUCACGGUAUCAUCGAGCCAGCGCGAGUCUGCGAGCUCAGGGGGAUGAUCAAGAAGGCCGAGCACAUGAAGGAAAUGCUCUCUAUUCAGCCCGGCGUGAAAAAUGAGAAGACUGAGAUCAAAGACAUCAUGACUUUUUCAAGCAAGGACUUAGAUAGAAUUCAAACCCCUCAUAACGGCGCCUUGGUUGUCACACUUUGUGUCAAGGACUUCGACAUCAAGAGAAUAUUGAUCGACCAGGGGAUUUCGGUCGAGAUCAUAUACUGCGAUGCAUUCAAGCAGAUGAAGUUGGCGGACAAGGACUUGGCCUCGAUAAUAUCUCCUUUGGUCGGUUUCAACUCUCAGGUGGAAUGGCCGAUCGAGAAGAUCAUAUUACUGGUCAAUGAUGGGUUGGUCACAAAGCGAGUGGAGUUUUGGGUGUUGAAGGUCCUGUCGACCUACAAUCUGAUCUUGGGAAAUGGUUAUACAAAGCUGCAAUCACAAUCAACAUGCGAAUAG